GACCAAAUUGUUGGUUUCCAAGAGCCUAAUGUGAAUCUUUAUGUUCGACUAACAGUCCAAAACACAACGACAUCCUUUUUUUUUUUUUUAUCUUGUCUUAUCUUAUCUUUUUUAUCUUUGAUGAAUUGAUCGACUGUUUCAGCUCCAGGUGGUUUUUAUCUCCCUAAUUGUCAAAUGAAGCAGAUUUACUAAUGCAACAACACAUUUAUUUCCAUAAAAUCUCCUCCUCUCUGAUAUGUUGUGAUUGGCUAUCCGACUCUAUUAGUGUUUCAGUAAUAUUCCUACACUGAUGUAGUGAGACAUUAAUCUUAUCAACAUUCAUUCUGGGACACCUGGAGGCAUCAAAAAACUGACAUUCAACAUCUGAUCAAAAAGCUGUUUGCUGCUUAUCAGCGGCUCUUUGUACCGUUAUCAUCCAGCUGAUGCAUUUUGUCCUAACAUCGUUUUAAUUUGCGUUCUGACCUUCACUGCUCUCACAUGCACGACUGUAAAUCUUAUAGGGUACGAACAGGUUGUUUUAUUUAAUCACAAAUCACUGUUUCAAAGUUCAUCUGCUGCAUGUUGAUGAGCUCACACCUUGUUUAAUGGCUUGUCGUUCUCUCACAGGGACAGACUUUGAGUGAAGGGAGCUGCAUUGUAGAAACAUGCUAUUAUUAUGAUAAUCUUGAACUUUACUAGCUACCUCUCAAAGGAGGAAGGCAUCUGAAAGGAGACAAAUGUGUGGGAAUUUCUCUGAAUAUGCGCUGUGAGAUGAUGUUGACAGAAAGUGAACAAUGGCAUGUAAGUUUGAAGAGUUUUUCCCCGAUUCACAUCAUCAGAGGUUUUAAUGGUGUUUUUGGAAAUCUGAGCACCAACAGAAGACUCGGUUGUCUAGGUUGCAAAAUACAGAACAAAGGAAUUCCUACAUGUGAACUUUCUGCAAGGACUUGACAUUUUCCUUAUCUCACCUCCAUCUUCUCAUCACUGUUUCUUUUCUCAAUUGCAGGUUUCUUCCAUGAGCACAUGCCCUCCCACCCUGGAUACACAGUUAUGCAUCCUCCUGACAAAAAUUUGCCUUCCUCCUCGUCGACUGAGCUGCACUUUGACAUCUCAUUUAAAUAACAGACUUUAGCUCUAGGUGAAGGAAAGCGUCCCCCUUCGUUCAUGUGAAUGAGGCCAGCUCUGCGAUGAAGCGGUGAUGCCAACGUAGAGGGUCAUCUGCCAAGAAAGUUGAACCGAGAUAAACUUUUGCUGGAACAUAUUACAACGUCAUCCUGCAGGGCACUACAUCAGCAAACCAAAUGCGUUCAAGUGGACACUCCUGUGAUAACUUCCCAGAGCUGUAAACCUUGUCCCUGAGGAUCAUAAAGCACUGUGCAGUGUUUCAGCGUCUGAUCUCACUCAAACUGGACCUUCUGGAUGUCUUUACAGAUCUGUCACUGCACGGACAGGAACGGUGUGGUGGUGCAGUGCACCUCACGCAACUUGGAGAGCAUCCCGCCGAACUUGCCGAAGGACACCGUCGUUCUCCUGCUUUCAUCUAACCGGAUCAGACACAUCCCACAGGAGGCCUUCACGGACCUCCACCGCCUCAGGGAACUGGACUUGUCUCACAAUGCCAUCGAGAGCAUGGAGGUCGGUGCCUUUCAAGGAAUUUCAGAGAGCCUGCGGACAAUGGAUCUUUCCAACAACCACCUCAGCAGCCUCCCGAAGGACACCUUUGCCAAGCUCCAUGCCCGUGUCCGCCUCUCCCACAACCCCUGGCACUGCGAGUGCUCUUUGCAGGAGGUGCUGAGGGAGCUGAGGCUCGACCCCGAGACGGUGAACGAGGUGAGCUGCUACACGUCAGUGCAGGAGGAGUACGUUGGACAGCCGGUCAUCCAGGUCCUGGACUCAGGAAUCAACUUCUGCAAUUUCCACCACAAGACGACAGAUGUGGCCAUGUUUGUAGCCAUGUUCUGCUGGUUCUCCAUGGUAACUGCAUACAUCAUUUACUACAUCAAACACAACCAGGAGGACGCCAGGAGGCACAUGGAGUACCUGAAGUCUCUGCCCAGCUCUUCACACAUUAGCAAGGACUACGACACAGCCAGCAGUGUGUUCUAGUUGCAGCUGUACCAAUGAAUUUAAAUUAAAGUGCACCAAUCAAUAUGUUUACAGCAUAUAAAGAACACUGACAGCUCUGCAGCCAGUGAUAAAACUCUAUGAUAGACACUGCAGAAGGCACGAAGACAAAAGGAAGAUCACCAUGAAGCGCGGGGCAAAGAUUAGCAGCAGACUCUUUAAAAGCUACAAAAUCAGACAGUAGCUUUGAACGUGUGACCAGAAGUUUAAAGCGGUCUUGAUUUCCCUCUUUCAGUGAUACCAAAAAGAUGGCAGGUCAUUAUUUCUCACUAAAAUGUAUGUUUAAUACAAAAAAGAACCUCAGAGGGGAAACUCCACCAAAAUGCCAAACACUACUGCAUUUUAUGAUGUGUUUUAAGAGUUCACAGUGAAUUUAUCCACCUAGUGAGGCAAACUGGAGAGCCACUUCAGUGUCAGUCUGAGUUUGGGGAAAAUUAGCCACCUGAAAAAUAAUCCCUGCAGCUUUAGAGAGGGAUAGCCUGUAGAAAAAUAUCACUUUUAAGGAGGUUUAUGUGGGAAUGUAAAGUUUUAUGAUGUAUUUCAAAAAAGUAGAGCCUCACUGGGGACUUGUGAAGGAUAGCAGAGAAAGAGGUAAAAGUAAUAUUUAGAUGUAUCAUCUGUUAAAUUCUUCUGUGUAUUGCUUCUUAAUGUGAAGAGUUUGUGUGUUUAAUAAUCCACAAAGGAUCUAACCCAGUGGUGCAGACUCGUUGGCAUUGAACUCCUCUGGCGCCUUGUAUUAAAGGUGUAUCAGCUGCCAGGAAAAACAUUUCACGCUUGAACAAUUGUCACCUCACGUAUUGUUUUCCCUCAAAAGGUAAUAAGUGUCACUUCGGAGGGUGCAAAUAAUCAAUUCCUGUCACAGAACGCUUCGAUUAGAUGACCCUGUCUCAGCUCAGAGGUUUAUAUAUAUUGCACUUGUGUAAUCUUUCUCAAGAUAGUACAAAGUAGUUUUGUGAAAUUCCGACAUGCAGUUUUAGGAUAAACACUGUGAAGGAGAACGGAUCACAAACAUUCACACAUUCAGACAACUAAAUUAAAGGAUUGUUGCAAUUAUGCAAUCGAUUGUCAUUAUGUGUGGAGCUGGAGCUGAAUUUCUGCUUAUACUUGGUCGGUUCAUGUGAAAACAGACUGCAGCAUUUUAGUUAACUAGCAAAAACCUCUCCCUUCCUCUUGUGCCAAACACUUGAAAAGAAUUUGGGCAAAUGGAGCCAUUUCACAUGAAUUUCAUCCAAAUAAAGGGCACAUUUCUACCAAAUCUCAAAACAGGAGGUGGCGCUAAUUUUCCAGUCUGCUGCCACAGAACUGUGGCAGAGAAAGGAGGUGAGAUGAGAUAAUGCAUAUGAAAAAGUUUGGGUCAAAUGGUAUGAAGAAAGUUGUAGAAAACCUGAUAGUUUCAUUGUAUUCAUUUGAGGAAGGUUACAGUGUCUUCAACACAGAUCCAGAAUCCGCUGGAGGGAUUAUAUAGCUCAUCUGGACUGGGAACACCUUGGGACCCCCCUGGAGGAGCUGGAAUAAGGUCGCUGUAGAAGGACAUCUGGAAUACCCUAAUGCGCCUGAUGGUGCAGCAAUCCAGUGUCCAUUACAACAAGCAUCACGACUAACAUUACUAGUCCAGUGACCUUUGUUGUUAUGCCAAAACUGCUACUCAGUGAGGAUUAAGCAACAAGACUACUUGCUUAGGUUUGUGAAAAGAUCAUGGUUUCGGUUUAAAUGCAGUGUUUAACUGACCCUGACCUCCUGCCAACAUGGACUUCCCUGCUCUUUAUAUUCUGUCAGUCGCACAUGGCACCAUGUCACGGUGUUACAUGAAGGGCAAAAGCAAAAAAUGCAUUGUGAUAACACACAAAAUGCUGUGUGACAUGAGUGAUGCAAGGCUGUUAGGGAAAUAUAUUGGUUUCAUUGCGGAAAAGACUGCAGUUUGUGUCACAAUAACUCCAUGAGCCUUGCAUCCACCCUUUACGUUUUUGGACUUUGUGGAUCUAUAACAAUGUCGCAGUAUUUCCUUGUUUGCACCAGACUGACAGAAGUCAUAACUUGUACAAACACUUGAAUGUAAACGAGCAGAUUGUGGCAGUUUGCUAAAAUGGCAGAAGCUUUUUUGUUUUGUUUGGGCAGUCUCCUCAGUAAGUGGUUUCAUCAGUGACGGCCCCUGUUUUUGAUUUCAUUUUAAUAAACUUGUUGAGUUUUAAUUAAAAUCUUGACUGCUGCACCUUUAUGUUUGUUCAAAUCAAUUUUCCAGUUGUCUCGCUCCUGUUCUCUUGGUCUGUCUCGCUACUUCUUAUCCCAAGACAGUGCUUUAUUUACGUCUCUCUCUCUUGUUUGAACUAUCUAAUAAAACUUAACAUUUAUCUGCACCCUGCUACUUCUUCCCUUUCAGGAAAUAACGAAUCUGUGUAUGUGUGAUUGAUAAAGAGUUUGAAUCCUGCAUCAAAUUCUGUGUGUUGUAAGGACACUGUCAUAAUAUGCCACAAGCUUACGCAACGUUUCAACCUCUCACACCAUCCUUUAUCAAGCCACCCCUAGCAAUGAAAUCCUGCUAUUUACCUCUCCAGAUUAUACUGACAAAUACCCACAGCUCCAAAUAUGGAGUCCAUAUAUCUUCUGCUGCAUAGAUCUGGGCAAGGCAGAGUAUUAAUACGUGUCUUGCAACCC